CUGUGGGGAGACGCAGCUGAAACAGAUGCUGCUAUUGUUACCAUUAGAAGCCAUGUGACAAAAUGUAUAGUACCAGUUUCAACUUUCAUUAUUUUUUCACCUUCCUCAGUCCCCGACGAAGAGCAAGUGGUGGAAAUUCCAGACGAAGAAACCGGCAAAAAGAAAAAGCGCCGAUGGUGGCGCCGUAAGAAGCGAACCCUAACGCCGUUGGAACGUCGGGAAAGAGAGCGCGCCAAAAGGCGCAAGAAGCGAGCUGGACCUAUUCUACUUCAGAAAUUGGUGAGACCACAGCAGACUUUGCCUGCCAAUCAGAGUCCUCUUCAAGUACCAUUCUAA